GGAAGGGAGCUAGGCAAGGAUUUGCAACAGUGUUGACAGAAGUCCUCUCCAAGUUUGUUUCUCUGUCCCCCGAAAGAGUGCUCAAAUUAAUUGGUGAAAAUUUAGAGGUCACUGGUAGCGCCAUAUCCACGGAAGAAAAAGACCGUUACAUAGGGCAGUUAUUUGGCAUGGUGUCUGUGUUGAGGUCUCAAUGUGAUCAUGAUAAAAUCUCUACCCUUGACUCAAACUGGCUGAGCCCACUCAUUUCCAAAGUUAUUGAACUAAGCAAAAAGAAGAGUUAUUUACAGGAGCUCUGUGCCAAGGUCAUUGUAGACAUAUUUCCUUUGGUGUCUGAGGAUGUUUUUAAAAAUUGCGUGUAUCCAUCUGUGAAGGAGAUCUUUGAAAGUGGCUGGACACAGGCUACACCUGAGACACUUCUUAUUUCCCUAGCACUUCAGAGAUUCUGGGAGGAGCAUUUGGACAAGAAAGUGAUAAAGUUUGUAUGGAAAAGUCCACUCAUAGCUGACACACAAAAUUACAAGCAGAUGUACACUGUCUUACAGGAUUCCAUCUCGUCCCAUCCAAGAGUCCAUUGUGUUUGGGAUGAAAUUUUCCUUGCAGUAUGUAAGAAUUCACCUGGUGACUUUGAGAUGUUUUGGAAUACGGUUGUUGAAGAUGGCUUGUUUCAGUCCACACAUGAUAGAAAGUUUCUGGGUUUUCAGCUAGUCAAGAAAAUACUGCCUCAACUCAGUGAAAAGGAGGUGUCAGUUGUGUUUGGUGCUCACAUGAUGAGGAGCUUUAUAAACAGUCUGUCAUCAUCACAAAGUUAUCUCCAUGAGGCAGCAAAACAGUUGGCUUCAAGUCUUCCUGCUUUAGUGAACCAAAGCAAAGAUCCUGGAGUUCCAGUGGUGGUAUUAAAACAGCUUUUAGGAAGAAAUGGCAUUAUGCAUUUUGACAAGCUGACUAAAACAAGAACUGUGGACAGUUUACUUGGAACACUUCAAGGAUCAGGACCACAGAUGUUUGUAGCAUGGCUGCUUGAUAUUUUUGAGAAAGGAAAUUUUGAAGAUUCUACAGAAUCAGAGUCCUUAACAAAGAGUGAAGAGUCAAGUAGGAUUGCAGUUUUAAACCAACUUUAUCAGUUGGUCAAGAAGAAGUCAGGUACACAUGAGGGGAACUGGUUACAAGAUGUGCUUUUCUUCUUCCUUAAGCAUGCAUAUUUCCAAACAGUUGGAAAGAAUAAAAAAGAAACUUUGCCAGCUUCAGUGAGGCAGAUUUGUGAACAGAGAUUUGUUAGUGCACUAAAAUACUUAUCAUCUAGCAGAGAGAUGAAAUCGUUUGAGCUCCAUGAUAUUGUGCAACAUGCUAAGGAACUAUUGGAGCACGGUGAAUACAAAGUGGCCUCUGAUUUGUGGACAGAAGAGGCAGAAAAAGCUUUCAAGAAAGCAGUACAUAGUAUUGAAAAGAUUCGCAAAAAGAGAAGGAAAAGUGGAGAGCCUCGACAUGAGGAUGAGGUUUUUGAACUGCUGUUUACGCACAUGGCUUUGAAUUUAUUUACUGAACCAGAACAAGCCAUGGACAUUUUAAAGGAGCUAAAAGCUUGCUACGAAAGACAGAAGACCAAACACGAGGAGAAGAGUGAUGAGGAGCCACAUUGGGUAGAGGUUCUGACUGAAGUGUUACUCAGUCUGUUGACCAAAACCUCAAGUCUGUUCCGCCAUGUUGUUGAUCAAGUCUUUGUCCUACUUGCUCCCCAUUUGACUCAGAAUGCUCUAAACAUGAUUUUAGAGAGCCUGGAUACUAGAAAAGGAAUUAAUGGUGAAAGUUUAGAGAUUGUCGAUGAAUCAGAUAACGAAGAGGAUGAUGAAGAAAUGGAGGACGAUGAAGAAAAAGAAAAGGAAGAGUCAAAUGGCGUAAACGGUAAAGGUGAAAGUGGCGAUGACGAUGAUGACGAGGGUGUUAGCAGCUCAGAUGAGGAAGAGGAAAAUGUUGGUGCAGUGGACGAAGCUUUUAGAGCUGAGGUACAAGCUGCCCUCGGCCCAGCCAUGGUGGACGUGGACAAGGAGGGAAGUAGCAGUGAUGAAGACUUAGACGAUGAAGCGAUGAUGAGACUCGAUGGCGCCCUCGCCGCUGUUUUCAAAUCUCAGUUGCAGGCCAAAAGGGACAUAAACAAAAAGAAAGAUGCCAGAAAGAUCAUUCUCCAUUUUAAACUGAGGGUGCUAGAUAUUAUAGAGAUACUCAUCAAGAAACAAGCCUCCAAUCCACUGAUACUCGAGUUGAUUAUUCCUCUGUUGAAUGUGACUUGGUCUGCACUGAACUCUAAGGAUUUCCAUACAUUGGGCGAAAAGGCUCAAGCACUCUUUCAAAACAAGUUAUGCACGGCAAAAGAGCUUCCACCGGUCUCGGCUAUCAACGCCAAAGACGUUCACAAAAAGCUUGAAAAUCUGAUUCAGAAAGCAAUGAUGGCUCCCUCGAUGGCGAUUGUCUCACUGAUAACGCGUGGUUGUUUAUAUUUGGUUCGUGUAUUGAGAGGCUCGCAGACGAAGCAGUCUGUCGCAGUUGGAAUGAAGAAAAAAGAGGAAAGUUGUCACGAGGAAACGGCGAAACUGUGCUUGUUGAACACUAAAAGGGUGACAGCGGCAUUUAAGAAAGCUCUGGAAGACUUCAUGUUAAAGAGGAGUACACACCUUCAUCCAGUGCUAUUCACAGAACUGAUAAAGCGAUUCCCGCAUCUUGGAUGGCAUUUAGCUGCAGAUUUAGUUGAAUACCUUGAAACUGCAGUUAACAAUUUCAGAAAGAGUGAAUUGUCACAUUGUAUGAAGAAGUACAGUUUAUUUAACUGUACUAUUUAACAACACCAUUAGUUGGCGUUAUUUUAUGUCAACUGUUGAAAACUACUUUAUUCUCUUUCCAAGGUAAUGACCAAGGUCGCUGAAUCCGAUUCAGAUGUGAAGAUAAGACAUCUUCGGGAAAUUCUUAAACUCACCACAAAGUUCAUCAAUGAAGUAAAAAAUACGGAAGAGGCUGCAGCAGUAUUACGGAUAGAUCAGCUCAAGGAAGGAGUGACGCGAAUCCAGGGGAGUGCGUUAGCUAAAAAGUCCCCAGACGUUAAGGGUGUUUGUAACGCAAUCCUCUCCAACUUGUCACGGUAAGUUACCGGUGUAAUGUUUGAAUGAUGUUCGGUGACUAUAAUUAAAGGUUACA